GGGGUCCCCGAGGGUCGGGGGGUUCGUAGGCGUGCGGGGGGCUCAAUCUCGGGGGGCUUCUCCCCAUCCCCGCCAGCCAGGAUGAGGCGGGGCCCCCGGCCCGGCUCGGCGGCCCCCUCCCACAAACCCAACCCCGCUUUCUUCAGCGACCACAGCAACAGCUCCGAGAGCGGCACGUCGGUGGACAGCGGAUCCCAGAGGAGCCGGCCCGGCGCCGCGGCCUGGAAGCUCAACUCGGACUCCUUGUCCGGCGCGGGCCAGCCCAGGCCCACGGACGAGGCCUGCUCCUCCCUCGGCCACUGCCCGGACCCUCGCGGUUUCCUCAGCAACCCGGAGCAGGCCGCGCCCGGGGCCCCCGGCGGGCCCAGCGCCCCGCUGCCCCCCAAGAACUUGAAAAGCCACCUGAGGCGGGCGGCGAGCGGUUUCCCGCGGGCGCUAGGCGGCGCCCUGGUCCGGCUGAGCAGGGCAGUGCAGUCCCUACGCUGCGGCCUCACCGUCUUCACGCUCCUGGGCAUCGUCCUGGCAGCCAACUAUUGCGGGGUCCUGGACUGGCUCCCCAAGCCGGGCCAGGAGUCGGACGACUUUCUGAGCCUGAGCGAAUACCACCGCAACGUGCGUUCCCACGGGCAGCAGCUGAAGCUGCUCCGGGCCGAGCUGGCCCGGCUGCACGGCGAGGUCACCACCCUGCGGGCGGCCAACACGCAGCAAGUGGCCAAACUGGUGUUCCAGCAGCUGAACGAAGACGUGGUGAGGAAACCGGACUUCGCACUCAGCUCCGUGGGCGCCUCCAUUGACCUGGACAGGACGUCUCAGGACUACGAGGACGGCUUGGCCACCUAUUUCUGGAACCGCCUCAGCUUCUGGAACUACGCCAAGUCACCCAGCGUCAUCCUGGAGCCGGACGUGUUUCCCGGGAACUGCUGGGCCUUCCGGGGGGCCCGGGGCCACGUGGUCAUCCGCCUGCCGGGCCGGGUCCAGCUGAGCGACAUCACCCUGCAACACCCCCCGCCCAGCGUGGCCCACAGGGGCAGCACGGCCAGCGCGCCCCGCGACUUCGUCGUCUACGGGCUCCUCCCGGGUGAUCACAAGGAGGUUUUCCUGGGAAGGUUCACCUUCGACGUGGAGAAGUCCGAGCUCCAGACCUUCCACUUGCAGAACCAGCCUCCCGCGGCUUUCCCCAAGGUGAAGGUCCAGAUCCUCAGCAACUGGGGGCACCCGCGCUUCACCUGCCUGUACCGCGUGCGGGCGCACGGCACGCGGGUGGCGGAGGGCGAGGGCGACGCCGCCGCAGCGGGCCCCGAGGGCCCGGCUGUGGGCGAGCAGGAGGCGGCGGGGCAGGGUGUUGACCCCCAUGCUCACCCCUCCAUCCUGGGCACCGAGGCCCUCCCUCCCCGGAGUAGAGCGCCCCUGCCCAUCCCUACUCCUGUUCCCUCCUUGGCUCCGCGCAGGACGCCCUUGGCACCCUAA